AUGAGUAGAAGAAAAAAAACCUUCUUGUUCAUUCCAUAUGAACUAACUGAACAUGAUAUGUUAAGAAAUGCAUCCAAGUCGAACUCUAUAUUCUAUUCCUUGGGUUAUACAAUACAUUCGGAUUCACAAAAUUCAGCUCACGAUGAUGUUGUAUUGAUUCUAGGAUUUUAUAAUUCCUCAACUGAAAGUGAACAACUAUGUUCCAGCUGCUGCAUGAAAGUUGACUCUACGGAUUUUCUGCAUAUUUGUGCAAAAAGCCUUAGGAAAUAUAAUUUUCACCAUUCAUGUAUUCAAAGGUACUAUCCCCUAUCAAAUAGCAAUGAUACAAUAUGGUAUGGAUUAGUCUGGAUAUGA